UGAAGUUAGCCGAGACUUGGAGCUCCAGGCUCCCCCGACAACAGGCUGACUUCUGACGCUUGUUUUUCUUUCUGAACUUUUUUCCCACUGCCUUUGCCAUCCUCCCCUGGCUUGGCCGGCUGCCUUCACAGGGACAUCUCUACACCGUUCCCAUCCGGGAACAGGGCAACAUCUACAAGCCCAACAACAAGGCCAUGGCAGACGAGGUGAAUGAGAAGCAAGUGUACGACGCGCACACCAAGGAGAUUGACCUGGUCAACCGGGACCCCAAGCAUCUCAACGAUGACGUGGUCAAGAUCGACUUUGAAGACGUGAUUGCAGAACCAGAAGGGACACACAGUUUUGAUGGCAUCUGGAAAGCCAGCUUUACCACCUUCACUGUGACAAAAUAUUGGUUUUACCGCUUGUUGUCUACCAUCUUCGGCAUCCCUAUGGCGCUCAUCUGGGGCAUUUACUUUGCCAUUCUCUCUUUCCUGCACAUCUGGGCAGUUGUACCAUGCAUCAAGAGCUUCCUGAUUGAGAUCCAGUGCAUCAGCCGUGUUUAUUCCAUCUAUGUCCACACCUUCUGUGACCCACUCUUUGAAGCUAUUGGCAAGAUAUUCAGCAAUAUCCGUCUCAACAUGCAGAAAGAAAUAUGAGUGACAUUUCAAGUAUGGAAGCAUUCCCAAUUCUUUUUUCCUUAUUAUUUCCUUGGUGCCAAUUUCAAGUUUCAAGUUGAAAUUUAUGAAUGGUUUGUCUUGGUCCAGAACAAAGAAGUUGUUCCCUCAGCUUUCAUAUGUACUACUUGUCUCUUUUGAGCUACUGCAUCUAUUUUUGACAGUCUGAAAUGUUUAAACCCAUUGCUACCCUUUCUUUUGUAUGUGGACCAUUGUUUUAUUGGCUAAGAUACAAACAUAUUGUUGAAAAUAGGAAGAACUGGGGGUGGGGAUGGAAAACGAGGACCAACAACCUCAUCUGCCCAUUCGAAAAUGGUGAUACCACAGAAAGGGAAGAAUUCCAGGCUAAGGCCUCAUGUUUAGGACAAGUGGGCAGGUUUUAAACAGAUACUUCCCCGGCCAUCUCAAGAGUUAAUUGUUGUCAUCACUGUUAACAGUCACAAUCUAGUGGGAGCUAGCGAUCACUAUCAAGUUGGAGACCUUAAUAUCAUCAUGAUACCAGUAAUGUCUUAUUCAUCUUGACAUUUUAACCUGUUAUUUUGUGUUCCUGAAUAUUUGUUAUAUCUAUACCGAGACCUGGGUGCCUUCUAAUUUUUCUUCUCCAAUAGGCUCUAACUCAUCAACUUUCAUUAUGCCAGCAGCUUUCCUAAAAAAACAAAACACAGAAAGAAACUCUGCUUGCUAGUUCUCUAUACUGGUUUCUGACUCUGACAUACAGAACCUGUUGAAAUUGAUCUCUGUGCUUUGUCAUGUAGCAUCUUUCUCUAUGACAAACCUGAUCAACAUUAACCCAAUGAAAUGAUUUAAAGCAGACAAAUGGGGCUGAGCUCUCUCUAGAGCUGGCAGGGGUGGAAGCCAGCUUUCCCUGCCUCUCAGUGAUUGAAUGUCUAUUCUGCUUCCCUUAUUUUCAAGAAAAUCACACUCGAUUGCUGGGACAGUUUAGUGGCUCAGUGCUGUACUGCAUUCUCAGCUGAUCAGUGGGCCUCCAGGGAAGGCUCUCCAAGAAAGGAAGCCACCAAAAUGAGACUGCCAAAGCUGUUGCAAGCAUGAUCCCUUCUAUGCAUCGCACUUGGAAUAGUCUGUAAUGCUGUGACACUUGACCUCUCCCCCUGCCAGGAGCCUUUGGACUAAUACAAGCAUCACUUUGUUAGGAGAGAAGGUGGGGGAGGGGACAAUAACAAAAGCUUGAGGUAAUGUUCUUGCUGGAGUAAGUUCUAGGUCUUCUGAACCCAAACUGAGGAAUUUCACCUGUAUACCUGAGUCCUCUAGAAAAUGGCCUACCUGAGACAGCCAAAAGCUAUUUAUUCCCCCACUCAUAUUAAAGCUCUGCCCUUGGGGGAUAAAUAUAUUUUUAAAUUCCAGGUGGGCUUUUAUUUUCAUUUUCAUACAUUUAUUGGAAUUCUGCUUGACUUUCAUUUCCUCUCUCAGUUUUGCUGACACUUUAACUAUGAACCUGCUACCUACUUUGAUUGUUUGCAUUUUAAACAGACACUGGCAUGGACACAGUUUGACUGUUAAACUGUGUACAUAACUGAAAAUGUACUAUACUGCAUACUUUUUAAAUGUAAAGAUAUUCUAUAUCUUUAUAGAAAGAGACUCACUUGGGAAAUGGUUCUGCAAUUCAGUCUGUAAACUGUGGGUCCCAAGACAUGUCUGUUCUUCCUAGAUGCUCAGUCUCAUGUAAGUCAGUUGCUGGUUCAAAAGGUUAUGAAAUUUUAUAUGCUUACUGAUAUAUUUUACACUUUUUUAUGCUGCAUGUCCUAUAAAGAUUUCAAAUCUGCACAAUAAAAAUGUUUAACAGAUAAACAGGUA